AUGGCCACGCCGGCGCACCCAUCUUCUCGCGUGGACAUGCAAGGCACGGUCGCUCCGUUCUACUUCUCCCCGAGCCGACACGGCUGGAGAACAUGGCGGCCGAACAGCGAGACGAAGGCGCCGCCUUCAGCUUUCCCCGUGCGGUCAUCGCCGGAGACGGCAUCGGCAUCGGCAUCGCGCGCUCAUGCCGACGUCGCAAAGGGGGCAAACGACACGUCGUCGCCUUCUUCGCACAGGUCGCGCCUCAAGCGGCGGCUCUCCGUGCCACGCGACGACUCUGCCUCCGACUCCAAGCCUAUCCUCUACCGUGGCAACAACUACGAGGACAUUACCGGGUCUCCCCGCAGAAGGAUCCGCCGAAGCCCGCCCGCCUACCCGGCGCGCCACCGCGAGAGGGGCAGGAGAAGCAGUCGUGCGCCUCCACCGCGAGACCAGCAGGCGCCGCGAAGGACCUCGUCGUACAAACCGUACGAUGGGCGCGAUCAGAGGGGCCAGGGACAUCGUGGCCACGAAAAGCGGCAGGGCUAUCGAGGUGAUGAUCAUGGGCCUCGUGGCUACGCAAAGCCAAAGUUUCCCGUGCAGCAGGUGUGUUCCGAUCCAUACGGCCCCAGGGAGGAUUCUUACGGCGGCCGGCAGCAAAUUCCGGCGCAAGAAGCCCCGAACGGCGGGUAUCAUCAGUACAGGGAGCCGCCUCGUGUACACUUCCCGGCAGGUUUCAUUCAACGCUCCCAUCCGUACGUGUCAGCAGAGGACGGUGCAUUCGAUGGCACCAAGAAGAACCCAGGGAACCAGCGAGCCGUGCGUGAUGAGAACCGGCCGGACCAGCAUCGGCGCAGGCGCAAUCGUCGCCAGUAUUACAAAGAUCCAUACAGCCAGUCGCCAUCAGGACUCUCUUGA